AUGUUCUCAGGAAAAAGAUUUCGUGAUGAAAGCAGCGUGAAUUGUGCUAAUAAUUUUGCUAACGAAAGUGACAGUAGUGACGAUAUAUGUUGUGUUCGAAGAAAGUGUAGGCGAUUAGUUAUUGAUGAUACAUCCGAUGAUCAACUACCAGAGUCCUGGCUUUGGACAAAAAUAAGAAAUAGUCAAAAAAUCUGGGAGUAUACGAUGUCUCCUGGCAUAAAAGAGGCAGCUUUAUGUCAAUUAGGAGGAGGUAGAAGAGAAUUUGAUAUAUUUAAUCUAAUAUUUGAUGACAUAUUCUGGAACAAUAUUGUAACUGAAACUAGCCAGUAUGCAGAUCAAAUAAGAGCGAAUCCACAUAGUUCACGAGAAAUCGACGAAACUUGGUUUCCUGUAGAUUCUAGCGAAAUUAAAAGAUAUUUGGUAUUGACCAUAAUAAUGGCACAGGUAAAAAAACCAAGAAUACAAAUGAAUUGGUCGAAAAGGGCUGUUAUCGAAACGCUGAUAUUUAGAAAAUCAAUGCCUUUGAAAAGAUAUCUGCAAAUUACAAGGUGUUUGCAUUUCUCAAACAAUAAUCUGGUUGCCAAUACAGAUAAAUUGAGCAAGAUUAAAUCUGUGAUCAAUUUUUUGAACCAAAAAUUUAAAGAAGUGUAUAUAAUGAAAGAAGACAUAGCUAUUGAUGAAUCGCUCAUGAAAUUCAAGGGGCGCCUAUCUUACAAGCAAUUUAACCCAUCAAAAAGAACACGGUUUGGCGUUAAAUUUUAUAAAUUAUGUGAGUCCGAUUCAGGCUAUUGUUACGAAUUUAAAAUAUACACAGGCCACGAUAAAACAAACUAUGAUGAUAGCGCUUCGGAAAGUGUUGUCAAAGAGCUUUCUGAGUCAGUGUUGCAUAGGGGUCACACUUUAUACAUUGACAACUGGUAUUCUUCCCCAAGAUUAUUUAUGACAUUAUCACAUAAAUAUAAAACAAAUGUAAUUGGCACAGUACGUGGGAAUAGAAAGCAUAUGCCAAAAGAUUUGUGCAAUGUAAAAUUAAAAAGGGGGGAAUACACGAUAAGAAGCUGCAACCGAAUACUCGCUAUAAAAUGGAAAGACAAGCGAGAUGUAUAUAUUAUGUCGACGAAACAUGAAACAGUCGAAAUGACUGCACAAAGAUACUAUCGCACUCCAAAACCAAAUUGUAUUCUGGAGUAUAACAAAGGAAUGAUUAGAAUUGAUCUCCAAGACCAGAUACUAGCAUGUUUUCCAGUUAUGAGGAAAUACAUGAAAGGAUAUAAAAAAAUUUUUUUUUAUCUGUUUGGCAUUGACCUUUUUAACUCUUACAUUUUAUGGAAAAAAAUAAAUAAGGAAAAGAAACAAUGUUACAUUGACUAUAGGAUCAACAUAGCCGAAUCUCUACUGAAGAAUAUGCCAAAACCGAAUUAUAGAGAACGAGGCGGAUUAUCUUUCGGAGAUGCGCCAGAGAGACUACACGCGAAGCAUUGGGCUCAUUUUCCAAAGCACAUUGAUCCAACAGCAUCCAAAUUAAGACCGUCAAAACCUUGUAGAGUUUGCCAAAAAAAUAAAAAACGUAGUGAAACAACGUGGGGGUUUUCCAACGAGAGGAGGCACAAUAUUCUGGAGCUGUUAAAGGCCGAGUGUCCAGACAUCCUACUCCUUAACGAAACAAAGCUAAAGCCUCAACAUUCCUUGAAUUUCAAAAAAUACACGCUUCUCAGAAAUGAUAGAGUCAACAGUAAUGGUGGAGGUGUGGCUAUAUUAAUUAAAAAACAAAUACAACACGAGAUCAUUGACAUCCCGCAGGAAAUGAAAAACAGUGUAGCUGCAUGCCUAAUAGACAUUGAGAAAGCGUUUGACACCGUGUGGAUUCAAGGAUUAAUCUUUAAGCUACUAAAAAAGAAAUGUCCCAUUCACCUGGUGAAGAUCAUAGCCAACAUGAUACAUGAAAAAAGUUUUUCACAGAAUGUAAUGGCGCCCAAUCUGACCUGA